CUUUCCAUCACCCCGCCCCAUUCUCCCUCUUUCCAUCACCCCGCCCCAUUCUCCCUCUUUCCAUCACCCCGCCCCAUUGUCCCUCUUUCCAUCACCCCGCCCCAUUCUCCCGCUUUCCAUCACCCCGCCCCAUUCUUUCGAUUUCCAUCACCCCGCCCCAUUCUCCCACUUUCGAUCACCCCGCCCAAUUCUCCCGCUUUCCAUCACCCCGCCCUAUUCUCCCGCUUUCCUUCACCCCGCCCCAUUCCCCCGCUUCCCAUCACCCCGCCCCAUUCGCCCUCUUCCCAUCACCCCGCCUCAUUCUCCCGCUUUCCAUCACCCCGCCCCAUUCUCCCGCUUUCCAUCACCCCGCCCCAUUCUCCCUCUUUCCUUCACCCUGCCCCAUUCUCCCGCUUCCCAUCACCCCGCCCCAUUCUCCCGCUUCCCAUCACCCCGCCCCAUUCUCCCGCUUUCGAUCACCCCGCCCUAUUCUCCCACUUUCCAUAACCCCGCCCCAUUCUCCCGCUUUCCAUCACCCCGCCCCAUUCUCCCGCUUUCCAUCACCCCGCCCCAUUCUCCCUCUUUCCAUCACCCCGCCCCAUUCUCCCGCUUUCCAUCACCCCGCCCCAUUCUCCUGCUUUCCAUCACCCCGCCCCAUUCUCCCGCUUUCCAUCAUCCCGCCCCAUUCUCCCGCUUUCCAUCAGCCCGCCCCAUUCUCCAACUUUCCAUGACCCCGCCCCAUUCUCCCGCUUUCCAUGACCCCGCCCCAUUCUCCCGCUUUCCAUCACCCUGCCCCAUUCUCCCGCUUCCCAUCACCCCGCCCCAUUCUCCCGCUUCCCAUCACCCCGCCCCAUUCUCCCGCUUUCGAUCACCCCGCCCUAUUCUCCCACUUUCCAUAACCCCGCCCCAUUCUCCCGCUUUCCAUCACCCCGCCCCAUUCUCCCGCUUUCCAUCACCCCGCCCCAUUCUCCCUCUUUCCAUCACCCCGCCCCAUUCUCCCGCUUUCCAUCACCCCGCCCCAUUCUCCUGCUUUCCAUCACCCCGCCCCAUUCUCCCGCUUUCCAUCAUCCCGCCCCAUUCUCCCGCUUUCCAUCACCCCGCCCCAUUCUCCCUCUUUCCUUCACCCUGCCCCAUUCUCCCGCUUCCCAUCACCCCGCCCCAUUCUCCCGCUUCCCAUCACCCCGCCCCAUUCUCCCGCUUUCGAUCACCCCGCCCUAUUCUCCCACUUUCCAUAACCCCGCCCCAUUCUCCCGCUUUCCAUCACCCCGCCCCAUUCUCCCGCUUUCCAUCACCCCGCCCCAUUCUCCCUCUUUCCAUCACCCCGCCCCAUUCUCCCGCUUUCCAUCACCCCGCCCCAUUCUCCUGCUUUCCAUCACCCCGCCCCAUUCUCCCGCUUUCCAUCAUCCCGCCCCAUUCUCCCGCUUUCCAUCAGCCCGCCCCAUUCUCCAACUUUCCAUGA